GCGCUUCUGAGCGUCGAAAUAUUGCCAGUCCGACAAAUAAGCACAGUAAACUUGCACUAUAUAUCCACAAUGUUACCGGCUCGAUUGCUCGUCCGUAACACAAUUCAAUAUCAAUUGGUGAGGAGCAUAAGCUACACGCCAGUCCGUAAAAUGCCUUUCAAGAAGCACGAAGUUGUACCUGAUGUAAUUCCAACAGCACCGACUAAUGUCGCUAAAGUUGAUUACGUAUCUGGAGUUUCUGCCAACUUAGGCAAUGUUUUGACACCCACUCAGGUCAAAGAUGCUCCAACUGUUGAUUGGGAUGCUGAGGCUGAUGCAUUUUAUACCCUUUGUAUGACUGAUCCAGAUGCUCCGUCACGUCAAAACCCAGAAUACCGCGAAUGGCACCACUGGCUCAUUGGAAAUAUUCCCGGAAAGAAUAUUUCAAAAGGCGAAGUUUUGAGUGAUUAUGUUGGUUCAGGACCACCGGAAAAGACUGGUCUUCAUCGCUACAUCUUCCUCGUCUUCAAACAAUCUGGAAAAUUGACAUUUGACGAGCCAAGACUCACAAAUCGAUCAGCUGACAACCGUGGAUGCUUUAAAAUUCAAAAGUUUGCUGAAAAAUACAAUCUUGGCGUUCCAGUUGCUGGCAACUUUUAUCAAGCUGAAUGGGACACUUAUGUUCCUGAAUUGUAUAAGCAACUAGGUGCUUAAGGCAUGAAGACAUGAAGCAUUAUUUGAGCAUUUGAAAUUGUAAUCACAGAAUUAGAUUUGUACCUUUUGAAAGAAGAAUAAACUGUCAACAACUAACGAUAAAAAAAAUUAC